UCAGAGGGUUUAUUUUCCCGUCACUGGUGGGCCUUCCCUAGCUGGUUUGGGAGGGCUGGGCUCCUGGUCCAGCUCCCAGAAGAGAGCAAGCCUCUCACCAUGCCUGCCUGUUGCAACUGGGAGGAUGUUUUCCACUAUGAGACAGACAAAGUCGUUCGGAUCCAGAGCGUGAAUUAUGGGACAAUUAAGUGGGUACUCCACAUGAUCGUCUUCUCCUAUGUUAGCUUUGCUUUGCUGAGUGACAGGCGGUACCAACAGAAAGAGCCUGUCAUCAGCUCUGUGCACACCAAGGUGAAAGGGAUUGCAGAGGUGAAGAAGGAGAUCCCAGAAAGUGGAAUAAAGAAGAUGGUGUCUUGGGUCUUUGACACAGCAGAUUACACCUUUCCUUUGCAGGGCAACUCCUUUUUUGUGAUGACAAACUUUCUCAAGACAGAAGGUCAAGUGCAGGGGUUGUGUCCUGAGUAUCCCACCAGUAGGACCAUCUGUUCCUCUGACCGAAGUUGUAAAAAGGGGUGGAUGCACCCACAGAGUAAAGGAAUCCAGACUGGAAGGUGUGUGACAUAUAACACUUCACUGAAGACCUGUGAAGUCUCUGCCUGGUGUCCCAUUGAGGCAGCAGAAGAGGCCCCUCGACCCGCACUCUUGAACAGUGCAGAAAAUUUCACUGUACUCAUCAAGAAUAAUAUCGACUUUCCUGUCCACAACUAUACAACGAGGAACAUCUUGCCAGGUUUAAAUACUUCUUGCACCUUUCACAAGACUCAGAAUCCACAGUGUCCAAUUUUCCGACUAGGAGACAUCUUCCAAGAGACGAGUGAUAACUUUUCAGAAGUGGCAAUUCAGGGAGGAAUUAUGGGCAUUGAAAUCUCUUGGGACUGUAACCUGGAUAGAUGGUUCCAUCGCUGCCAUCCAAAAUACAGUUUUCGUCGCCUUGACGACAAGACCACCAGUGAAUCCUUGUACCCUGGCUACAACUUCAGAUAUGCCAAGUACUACAGGGAAAAUAAUGUUGAGAAAAGGACUCUGAUAAAAGUCUUUGGGAUCCGUUUUGACAUCCUGGUUUUUGGCAUGGGAGGAAGAUUUAAUAUUAUCCAGCUAAUUGUGUACAUUGGCUCAACACUCUCCUACUUUGGUUUGGCCACUUUUUUCAUUGACAAUCUCAUUAACACUUUCUCAAGUAAAUGCUGUCGAUCCCACGUUUAUCCCUGUUGCAAGUACUGUGAACCCUGUGCAGUGAAUGAGUACUACUACAAAAAGAAGUGUGAGUCCAUCAUGGAGCCAUCGCCGACACUAAAGUAUGUGUCAUUUGUGGAUGAAUCUCACAUUAGAAUGGUGAACCAGCAGUUACUUGGGAAAAGUCUGCAGAAUGUCAAAGGUGAAGAAAUCCCAAGACCUUCAAUGGACUUCACAAACUUGUCCAGGCUGCCCCUGUCUGUCCACUACACAACCUCCACAGCUGAACAAUCGGAGGAGAUGGAACUGCUUAGUGAAGAGGUGAUUCCUCGGUCUGGAGAUACCCCAGAUUGGUGCCAGUGUGGAAAUUGCUGCCAAUCUCAACUCCCUGAGAGUCAAAGAUGCCUGGAGGAACUAUGCUGUCGAAAGGAGCCAGGGCCCUGUAUCAGCACCUCAGAGCUGUUCAAGAGGCUCGUCCUGGCCAGAGAUGUCCUGAACUUCCUCCUGCUCUACCAGGAGCCCUUGCUGGCAUUGGAUGCCAAGUCCACCAUCAGUCAGCUGCGCCACUGUGCCUACAGGUGCUACACCACCUGGCGCUUUGGCUCCCAGGACCUGGCUGACUUUGCCAUUGUGCCCAGCUGCUGCCGCUGGAAGAUCCGGAAAGUGUUUCCCAAGAGUGGAGGCCAGUACAGCGGCUUCAAGAAUCCUUCCUGAAGAGCCCUUACUGAAGGGGACAGAGCAAUCACACUCAAGUCAUCUUUGCCUACGCUUUGAGCUUCACCUGCAAGGGUUUGUGUCUGUGGUCAAAUUUUCAAAUUAAAGGAAAUGUGCUUUCUUCUCCUAUAGAUUUGUUAAGUGUCAGAGAGCAGAGUAAUCUGGGUAAACAGACAAAUUAGAAUCCUUAGCAUGAACUGAAAGCCAAGAGAUUCAGAUUUGUGUCUCUGGAAAUUGUAUGAACUGAAGUCUUUAGCCUCUGUAUCUCCUGCCAUAAUACCCAGCCUGCUGUAUCAGAGACAGUGAGUGGGAGGGUCAACUAAGUUGUGUACAUAAACUUUCCUUUUAGUGUAAAUAAAAUGACAUGAAUGCAAAAAUCAAACUAGUAUAAUGUCUAAAGAUCAACAAACCCUUUGGAUGCUGGCUGGAGAAAGCAGAGGAUUAAAUAUGGCCACUGAUUCUUUGA